CGGUAUAGCCUCAUGCAGGUCAGCUGAGAAAGUGAGAGGUCGAGCAGAGCAGGUAGAGCUAGGCGUUUCCAAUGCCCUUCAAUUCAAGUUCACGAGCUCUUGAAGGCCCCACACAAGCGAUCUCAGACUGGAGGAUUGGCACAACAGUUUUGCCACAUUGCAGCGCAGAUUAACUCGUUCUCCGGUGAAUUCAAGGAGCACCACCACCACCACCUUCAAUUGACAUCAGCGCCACCACUUUCCUCAUCUCUCCAUAUCAAGAAAGUUGCAUCACAGCAUUGGUGCAUUCAAUGUCAAAUGCUGACACUUAGAAAUGGCGGAAGAAACGGAAUUGGCUGUCAGCAUUCCCUGUGCUUACACCAUAGAAGCCCUCAUCAAGCUCAAAGUGAUCCGGGUGUUUGUGUACGCUAGGCUCGAUUGCGUUCAUGACCACCCCCAGAACCAAAGAACCGAGUGCCAACUCGAUAGCAAUAAGGAUAGCACUGAAUGUCCCAGCUCAGUGGUUCCUUCUAUGACUGGGGCUGAAGUUGCCCUGGUUGAUAAGGGGGGAGCGACAGUCAUCCAAGUUUCUAUUGCGGACUCUCGAGCAGACUCUUGUAGAAAGCAACGUCGUAUGAUUUCUCUGCCGGAAGAAGUGGUGAUUGACAGACAGUCUCUGAGUGUCAUCGAGCGCCCCGACCACCUGGAGCUGAAGUUGCAGAUUGUGGCAUCGCUUGGUGAGGGCAACUGGGGAGCCGGGAGCAGCUCAAGCAACACCGAGAUGAAGACGUUCCAGGAGAAAGGGUGCUUUGCAUGUGGAGGGUGCGGACAGCCUGUAGUAGAACAAGGAAUCAAGCACUUCUUCCCGAUGCCGUCUGAGAACUGGGAAGAGCUCGCAGACCACUGGUUCGAUCUGCAAUGUGGGUGCGGUGGGCCCGUCAAAGCUUCGAACCUGGCCCGGAAAGUGCAAGCGCGCUUGGUCCCAACUCGAGCCACGUGCCUCGUAGGCACCACGAGCUACUUGCUGCAUGAAAGCGACCUUGUCGCAAGCGGUGGACAGAAGGAAAGGGAAUGGGGCUCUCUGCCAAAUGGCCUCCCGGUUGGAAACCAGCCUCUCAACACGGAGAGAGCAGUUACGGAGUCGUUGGAAAGAAGCUCGAGCGAUGGAGCUGGUUCUUCAGAGGGUGAUGCCACGUCACGGGAGGUUUUGCAGCGGCGACGACAGAGUGUCAUGCAUGUUACAGACGAGCAGUCGCUUUACAGUGCAGCAACAAUGAGCCCUGCAUUUGAGACGCCUGAGUCCGUUCCAAUUCAACGAAACAACAGUCAGGAUGAGGAUUGUGAGCCGACCGCCUCCAAAAGCGAACCAAGCAACGAGUUCGACAGCAGUCGUUUGGACGAAGGAAGAGAAGAGGAGAGUGGUGUGGCUCCUGCUUCGUGCUGUGGACACGUGGAGUCGGCUGCUGACGUGGCAGUCGAGCUGGCGCCGGAACGCAUUCAGGAGCUGGCAGAAGGGCCGAUUGAGCCGACCGAGCCCCUCACGGGCGCCCACAAGUGGAUCCGCGUCCGUUGCCCCUGCUGCACGGAAACGCUAGGAGUGCGUCGAGCCACAGAGGACCAAACGACAGCCAGCCCAGGCGUGUAUCUUUUCAAGCACCGUGUGGUACUGUGCGGGGGAGCCUCGACUUCACCAAGUCGAAAGAUCACGCGCGAGGCCCUGUUGGCACACUUCUCGGCACGGCUCCAGCAGGCCGCGGAGCAGAGCCUCUGCUCGCGCUUCCUUCUACAAGGCCUCCUCACCGGAAAGCCGUACUGCCACGUCACGGUCCUCAGCCGAGAGACGUUUGUCUGGAGCGGCCUUUUAAACGGGAGCGGCGACGGCAGCCAACGGUCGCAGGGUUUGAAGGUUCUUCUGACAUACCCAUCGGACGCCGUGGCGGGCACGCCCGCGGAUCCGAAGCGGAGUAACCAGUUCGAGAGAGUCUUCCUUCUAGAGGACGACGCAGAGGAGCUGCUUCGCAUCCUGGUCGCCAACAAUGAGAAGUACCCGCUGUCGUGUCGAACCCUUAACCGUGCAUCGCUGAGCUUCCUAUAGGGAGAGUACGAACCGUAGGCAGUUUACAAAUCUUCGUAAGCUAUCUUGGCAGCUUGACCUGGCAGCGGCGCUCAAGCUCCGAAUAUUGAUCACCCGGAAGCAAUGGGUCGACAUACUAUUUUCAGUCAAUCGAAAUAUGACUCUAUUGACCCGGAUCCGGACUCCGACAAGGGGAAGGUCCUUGCUUCUCUGAUUUACAGCCAGUCAGUUGUGUGUAACAAGAUCUUGGUAUCUAGCUCGACCAGGAGAUUGACUCCC